AUGCCUCCACUAUCGUAUAUCAUUCAAAUCCAGCCACCAGACAAGACCGAACCCGCACUCUUUGGCUCGUUAUUGGAGGCCAUCAAAGAGCGAAUCAGCAGCAUUCUGACCGAUCCGACGUGGGAGGGGUGUCGGGGACUCCGUGUUAGUCACAACCUGGAUCUAAGGUCUUGGGAUGCUUCUGGAUACCAAGAGGCGCCGUCUAAUACACACUCGGAGCAGCAUGCGACGCUCCAGUCGCUUCAGGAAGAGUCAAUACAUUCAAGUAGACCUGAGAACAGUCAUUUGUCAGGCGCUGGUGUUGUUGAAGACUGGCUUCUGAACCUCCCGGUCCGGCCUGCUGAUGAUCUUGGUGAUGAAAAAUCAGCUGCAAGUGACGUAACUACGGAAUCAACAUCAGAUCAAUCGGAUGACAACUUGCGAAGACAGUGUCAACUUAGACAGUCCCGUUACACGACUGCCAAUACCGCCGUCACCUGCUCAUUGCCAUACUCUACUCAAGCUGCCGCACCUACGCUGAUCGCUCAAGAUGACAUGUCUGUAUGGGACUGCGAGUCGUGGUCCGCAUCCAGAGACUUGAAUCACUCCGACUAUCGACCAACAUACACUUCACGGGGGUGA